CCCAUUCCCUCUCUUCUGACCUAACCAGAAUCUUCUCCGGGGACCGAGGAGGAAAGACGAAGUGUUGUCCUGGAUGCCGAUGCCCCCGUGUCUGGAAUGUGCUGUCGUACUAGUUUGCAGUGACCCUUUUUCAUCUUUAAGACAUGAGAUCUUGCUGGUGAACGUGGGCAGACCUGGGCAGUGAUGUUUGAUGACAGCCUAUUCCUGUGACAGCCACUGCCCUCUCCCCUGUCUUUGUACUGGCACCAGCUGGGAGGGGCAGGUCAGGUUUGCAGCAGAUGCCGCUCUCCGGAAGAAGUCGCAUGCUGAGAGCUCUUUGCUUUGGUUUCUUCUCUUAGUGUUGCAACUUUUGUCUGUUUUACUAAAAUAUUUUCUUGUCUUUCUGCAGGUCGGUACAGGUGUGGGAGUGUUUCCUCAUUGCCCAGGUCCCCUCUGUAUGCCCUACCACAUGGGGCAGAAUAUACCAGGCUUUCCUCCUCCUCCUCCAGCUCCACACUGGGGUCCUGGGGGCCUCGGCCCCAUCGCGUUUCUCCACCACACGGGCUUCCUUUCCACUCAGAAGCCUGUGGAGCUCAAGGGGACAAUAGCAGCCCUGUGCCCAAGAAGGUCCCAGAGGAGAACCAAGAACCGCAUCGGGCGCACGGAGGUGGAGAAAGCCCUGAGCGAACAUCCGGCGUGGCAGGAUCAGCUGUGAGGAGCAGCCAGGACCUGAAUGGAAGGAGUUAAGGAGGACACAGAGGUCCUUGUGUCUGUUGUUGGCACUAAUGCAGCUUGUCCUUUCCUUGCCUGACCAUUUCUGUGUUGGCCCUGAUGUGAUUGAAGUUCUGUGGAAGCUUCUCAUUAUAACUGCCUGCUUGGGAACCUGUGCCUUUCUCAUUUACCUGUGGAGAACCAUCCUCGCUGUAAAGCCUCGACAACAUGAAGACCAAAUAAAGAGUAAUAUUAAUCAGGUGCAAAGGGAAAUCAAGGAAAUUGAAAAAACCAUAGCCAGUUGGGAGGAGAAGGAGAACAUCAGAAAGGUGGAGGUCAUCAAUGAAAAUUUGAAGGACACCCUUUGUCUUAAACAGGCUCUCUCAGAAGCUGUGAGAGCCAGAGAUAACCAGACUGUGGAUGUGGUCCAAGAUGAAUUGGAUGAUGAAGUGCUGAGAGCCGUCACAUGCAAAAACCAAGAACUGAAAGAGAGCGAAAGGUUCCUGGAAGACCGGUAUAAUGCCCUGAGUUCUCAGAAAACAGCUAAAGAAGCGGAAUUGAACCUGCUAAGGAAGAAAGUGGAUAUGAUGGUGGAGUUCAGUGAACAACAAAAACGGACUGCAGAAGAGAAGUUAGAAGAGACCAUUAAUGAACUGAAUGCAACCAGGAAUGAGCUGUCAGCUGCCAAAGAAAAGCUGAAGGUGACCGAAGAUGAAAUGGAGAAGUAUAGACAACAAGUGGAAGACAUGCAGCACCAGCUGCCAGAGGCGGAGUUGACCUUCCAAAGCCAGAUCGCAGUCCAGGAGAGGAAUGCUGUGGCUAACUGGAUGAGGGCUCGGGAUUGGGAGAGGAGGAUAGUGCAGCAGAGCAGGGAGAACGCCUACCUGAAACACAGACUGCGCAUGAUAGAUGGGGAGAUGCUGCCUGUGGGACCCACGCGUCGCGGACCGAUGCCGGGAAGGCCUGAGUUCCAGAAGCCUCUGUGGCAAGCACCUAGACCGGUUCCCGGGAUGAACAGCCGCACCGGCCCUCAAAAGGGCCCCGAGAUGCCUACGGUCGGUACAGGUGUGGGAGUGUUUCCUCAUUGCCCAGGUCCCCUCUGUAUGCCCUACCACAGGGGGCAGAAUAUACCAGGCUUUCCUCCUCCUCCUCCAGCUCCACACUGGGGGACCUGGGGGCCUCGGCCCCAUCGCGUUCCUCCACCACACGGGCUUCCUUUCCACUCCGAAGCCUGUGGAGCUCAAGGGGACAAUAGCAGCCCUGUGCCCAAGAAGGUCCCAGAGGAGAACCAUGUAAGUACAGUGCCUUGGUGUGAGCUUUCUGCUCUAAACCACGUGAAUCAUCCCGUGAUCCUGCAACCACUUUCCAGGACUGGCUGGCGAGUGUGGAAAGAUCCUCUCUCUGACCAACGACACCACAGGAGUCCCUGAAACGCUCACACUUGGAUGGGGAACCGCAUCGGGCGCACGGAGGUGGAGAAAGCCCUGAGGGAACAUCCGGCGUGGCAGGAUCAGCUGUG